AUGGGUGAAACAAAUUCCUCCUCAACAAACAAUCUGAAUCCCUACAAAGAUCCUCUCUUUAUUGCAGUAAAUGAGAGUGCUGCAACACCACUUGAAAGUAUCUUGUUUGAUGGAAAGAAUUUCCUGAAUUGGAGCAGAAGCAUCAGGAUUGCUCUUGGUGCCAAGAACAAACUGGGAUUCUUAGAAGGGAAGCAUCCUAAACCUUCUGAAGGUCCUGAUGAAAUCCAGAAAUGGACUAGAUGUGAUUAUAUGGUGAGGUCAUGGUUGUUGGCCACCAUGAAGCCUGAAAUUGCAAGCAGCCUUGUGACUAUGCAAUCAACUAAGAGGUUGUGGGAAGAAAUUGUUGAAAGGCAUGGGCAAACAAGUGCUCCUCUUCUCUUUCAACUGAAAAAAGACAUGUGGGAACUGCAGCAAGGCUGCAGCAUUGUCAAAAAAAUGAUUGAGAGGGAAUCAUCCACCAAGCUCAUGAAGUUUCUCAUGGGUCUGAACUCUGAUUAUGAGCAGAUGAAGACAAAUUUCCUUGGGAUGGAUCCACUGAUGCCUGUGAACAAGGUGUACAAUCUAGUCAUGCAGGUUGAGAAAUAA